AUGCUCUCCGCUCGUGUCGCCCGUGCUGGCUUCCGCGCCACGCAGUUCUCCGUGCCUCGCACCGCCGCCCUGAACGGCCUGCGCGCCUAUGCCACCCCGGCCCAGGACGUCAAGCCUCCCGUCUCCCUGUUCGGCGUUGAUGGCACCUAUGCCACCGCUCUGUACACCGCGGCCGCCAAGUCCUCCGCCCUCGACCAGACCUCCAAGGCCCUCGCCAACCUCGGCCAGGUCCUCAAGGCCGACCGCAAGCUGACCGGCCUCAUCUCCGCCCCGACCCUCACUGCCGGCGACAAGCAGCAGAUUGUCCAGGAGCUGGCCAAGCUCAGCGGCGACAAGGGCGAGAUCGUCCAGAACUUCCUCACCACCCUGGGCGAGAACAACCGUCUCGGUCUUCUGGAGGGUGUCUGUGAGAAGUUCGAGACCCUCAUGGGCGCUCACCGCGGCGAGAUCGAGCUGAACAUCACCAGUGCUCAGGUAGCCCUCAUCCAAAACCGCUGUCGACUCUGUAGUAGUGCAUUGGUGCUGACAAUACUAGGAACUCGACAAGAAGACCAUCUCCCGUCUCGAGAAGGCCGUCGCUCAGUCCGAGUACAGCCAGGGCAAGAAGCUCAAGGUCGUCACCAAGGUUGA